CUUGGUGGCAAAAGAGGCUCAGGAUCUUGCCUCGGAGAGUGAGCGACGAGUCCGGGAUGUGGGAUCAGAGGCUGGUGAGAUUGGCCGUGUUGCAGCAGCUUCGGGCCGUCUAUGGCAUUAAGGUCAAGGGUGGCCGUGGGCACUGCGAUCGCAAGAGACAGGAAUCAGCAGCCGCGGAAACAGGGGGCAAAGUAUUUGGAGUACCUUUUAAUGCAUUACCUCAUUCUGUUGUACCGGAAUAUGGACACAUUCCAAGCUUCCUUGUCGAUGCUUGCACGUCUUUGCAAGAGCAUAUUCACACAGAAGGGCUUUUUCGGAAGUCGGGAUCUGUAAUUCGUCUAAAAGCGCUUAAGAACAAACUGGAUCAUGGUGAAGGUUGCCUGUUGUCUGCACCGCCUUGUGAUAUUGCAGGACUUCUUAAGCAGUUUUUUAGGGAAUUGCCAAAGCCCAUUCUUCCAGCUGAUUUGCAUGAAGCACUUUUUAAAGCUCAACAGUUAGGAACAGAGGAGAAGACUAAAGCUACAUUAUUGCUCUCCUGUCUUAUGGGUGACCACACAGUUAAAGUAUUAAGAUACUUCUUUAACUUUCUCAGGAAUGUUGCUCUUAGGUCCAGUGAGAAUAAGAUGGACAGCAGCAAUCUUGCAGUAAUAUUUGCACCAAAUCUUCUUCAGACAAGUGAAGGACAUGAAAAGAUGUCUUCUAACACCGAAAAAAAGCUGAGACUCCAGGCUGCAGGCGUGUACCAGAUUUUAUCCUGGAAAAGAUACCUGCUAUGUUGGGUAUGGAUGGCCUCUGUGCUACCCCAUCUCUGGAAGGCUUUGAAGAAGGUGAAUGUGAAACUCCUGGUGAAUAUAAGAGAAAACGAAGACAAAGUGUAGGAGAUUUUUGUUAGCGGAGAACUAAAUA